AAGCGCAGUGGACAGGUAAUUCGUCGUUCAUUGGAAAACUAUCAUUUGACUUUGCCACACCAUUUGACUGAUGGUAAAACAGUUGUUCGUAUUUAAAAGUAGAUACAAUUUGUACGCUAACGGAUAAGUAAAAUAUAGUAGGAAAUUGAUGUGGUGUGAUCAGCGCUGAUAAAAACUGCUGUGAAUAAAUUGACAAAAGCUAAAAAGAAAUAUAAAGCACGCGCGUUGUAAUUAAGAUGUAUUGGAAAGUCAUCUUGCAAUGAAGCUGAAAAAAGUGCGUUGAGUUGUUUGGAUGUACAGUUUUUAAUGUUUUCAUGGAUUAAAGGCUAAGCAUAAUUUAUGCAGACAUAGUUCUGAAACUUGGACCAACGUUAUGUUUAUCAACGUUUCAUAAAAAUGUUGAGUGUCUUCAAGAAAAAAGGAUCGUUCAACAGCCAGUUUAAUCUAUCCACAUCGAUUGAUAAUUGAUAAAAACAUCUGUGAAUAAAUUGUUGAACGUUAACAUGAAAUAGGAAAGUCAUCUUGCAAUGAAGAUAAUAACCGUGAGCCGAAUUGUUUGGAUGUACAUUUUAAAAUGUGUUCAUGGAUAAAAUGGUUAGCUUAAUCUACGCAGACAUAGUUCUGGAAUAUAGACAAAAAAAAUAUGUUUAGUAACGUUUCGUAAAGAAAGUUAAGUGUCUUAAAGAAAAACUGAUUGUAAUUCAACCAGUUUCAUCGAACCACAUCGAUUGAAAAUUGAUUGAUUGCUCACUGAGAAUACAUAAAACAAUGCAGUUUCAAAAAUGUUUUAGUUGUUUCUUUUUAUCUGGUUGUUAAACAUUUGAAAUAUUGAAAGCGAAACUAAUAAAAUAUAAAUGUAACAAUAUUACAUGUAUGUUAAUCACAUUUACUGAUUGUAAUUCAGUAACAAUGGUGAAGAUAUGGCAUAUGGUAGUGUGAUAUUUUCAUGGAUGCUUUACUUAACGUCGCUUUCACAAGUUUCUGACAACGUGUGGUCUUAGGGAAAUCUUAAAUUUAUAAGUAGCCUAAGCUGGUCAGAUUCAAGCAGGGCCAUUACUUAUAAGUUAAAUGUUCGUGGCAUAACAAGAAAACAGCUUGUGUUUCUAUAAAUAAUAGUAAAAAGUCACGGUUCUUAACGGAAGAAUCACUACGCUUAAAAAUGACAUCAUUUUUACUACGUCAAUACUAGUGUAACCAAUCGCCUCUCAUGCUCGCGGUAACGUGCUCUGUUUUGGCCAUGUUACACGUGCUUCUCGUGCUGUGAUAAUGUUAUUAAGGGCGUGGUUAUUCGUGCUCAUGUCUCAGUGGAUUGUGUUCAACGCUUCCGGUACUGCGUCACUCACCGUGUCAGAGAUACAGGCGACUGGAAAGGUUUUAUUUCGGGCGUUACGUGACAGCGAAGAAAUGUGCAACGUCAAGUGUAAAAGCCGGAAGCCGCAGAUAAUGUGCGGCUCUGAUGGGGUCUCGUACAUGUCCAAAUGCGAGGUGAAGAAGGCGAGAAAGUGCGAGAACAAGAAGAUCUCAAUCGUGAAGAUGGGAACGUGCUCAGAUACGGACGUGCCAGUCACCAAGUGUACACAGGAGAAGGCGGAGGCGCUCACUUCCGUCGCGGAGGGCGUGGAGAACGUGUUCGUCCCUGAAUGUAACGCGGACGGAACAUUCAAUGAAGUCCAGUGCCACAGCGCUUCCGGCUUCUGCUGGUGCGUCUACCAGGACGGGAAGCCCUUCCCUCGAACAUCAACCAACAGUGGAACGCCGAACUGUAAAUCAAAAGACAAGGCAGAAAAUGAGAAAGACUCGCGUCAGAAGAUCCGAGUGAGACGAAAAAAGACGCAACAGAAUCGAAAGCAAAACAAAAAGGGGAAACGAUGCACUAGCCAAGAAAAAGCUACAUUUAAUUCCAAUUUAGUCCGUGUCUUUACCGAGGAAUAUAAUCGGUCCAAGAGAAAUUCCCAAAACAAUAAACCAGAUAAGAAAGAUCCAUUGAUUGACACAAUAGAGAAACAAGUGGUGGAGUGGAAGUUUUCACAGUACGAUCUGAAUAAGGACAAUUUGUUGCAAAUUAAGGAGGUGAACGCGUUAAGGCGUUUGGUAAAAAAGUUCAUAAAACCGAGGUCCUGCGCAAAACGGUUUCUUAAAUUCUGUGAUCCUGACAGAAACAAGCUCAUUGAGAGACAAGAAUGGUCGAUUUGUCUUGGCGUGGAUAUAAAUAACGGGGAGGCGAAGCGAACGACCGAAGCUCCGAUUGAAGCGACCACCGCAGGUGAAAGUUUAGUCUUACAUAGCAUUGUUAAUAAGAAACCAUCCUCCUCCACCUUAUCCUCUUCCUCCGCAUCCUCCUCCUCAUCUUCGGCUUCAUCAUCUUCAUCUGCAAAGCGCAACAAAGGCGAGAUUGAGAGACCACCCUUUCCCUCACUUCCUGCUAUCAAAAUAGACGAGUCCAGGCCUCGCGUCGGCAAAGACGAGAUUGCUGAGAAAAACCACAACGACUGCCGCACUGAACGCGAGGCUGCCCUGGAACAAGAUCGGGAUAAUCCGGACGCUGGCAUCUUUUUGCCAAGGUGUACGCCCGAGGGAAAGUGGACGCAGGCCCAAUGCCAUAAUUCUACGGGCUACUGCUGGUGUGUUGAUGAAAACACGGGCAAGCCUAUUGGUGGAACAUCCACUCAGGACACUCGUCCUAGUUGUGACUUCGGCGAUGAACGGAAGAUCGAAGGUACUAGUUGCACAUACGCCGAAAAGCAGACGUUCACGGCAGAGCUGAUCAACGUAAUAUCGACGGAGAUGAAGGACUUUGCGCUCAACAAUGGCACAAACCACAGUUUGAUAGUAACAGACCCGAAACAAAGUAUACAAGAACGAGCAGCCAGGUGGAGGUUUCACACACUGGACGAAAACAAAAAUCAGGCUAUCGACAGUGGCGAAAUAGACGUUCUUAAGGGCACGACCCUGAAGAACGCCCAACAGAAGGAGACGCGGAAGUGCGCGCGCAGAUUCGUAAGAUACUGCGACGAGAAUGACGACAAGAGAAUCACCGUGGACGAGUGGAUAGAGUGCCUUGGAAUAACACGAAAUAUAAAUAUCAAUCUGCCAAUCAAUCCAAAACGAACUGGGAAAAAUCCGUUUGACAAAUACUUGAGGGAAAACUAAAUACAAUGGAAGGCAUCUAAGAAGCCAAAAGAUAGAGAAUAAUUAUGCGAUCACCGGUACCAAAACGGCGAAGUGCUGUAUCCUAUCGGUAUGUGAUACAUUGUGAUGAUGACAUGGAACACUGAUUGUCACAGAAAAAAAACGAUUACCGAAAUAUUAGGUUAUAUCGUUUGUGGGUAACCUUUUAUAUGCCAGAAAUUGUGUGAGAAUCUUAAAGAGAUGAAUGUAUGUCAAUUAUGGCUCUCUUGGCGUGAUUGUCAUUGUGAUGCCUUGCAACGGAAUGAAACGUGUUAUUCUAAACCAAUUGGAAUGACUAUUAUUCCAUGCAGUGUAUUGUAACUUUAUUUAUUAAUGCGAUAUGCGCUGCCUGUAAUGAUGAACACAAGUAAAAAGUGUGCCAACAAAAUAACAUUUAUGCGGAAAUAAACUUUCGUACUGAAGGUUAAAACCGCGCCAUCCAGUUGUGAUGUAUGCAUGUGUUAGUCUGUAAAUAGUGCACAGAAGUGUUUAGAAAUUUUUAUAAAGAAACAUAACGUUAACACGAGUUAUUGGUUAAGUAACCCGAGUAAGUGAACGCGUUGCACAUUUGCUGUGAAAUAGGCUUUCAGGAUCGACUAAAAUAUAAUAUUCGUCUGUUUGUAUUUAAACAGAUUUGAACAUUAAUUAAAGAAAAAAUUAUUUGUGAAUAAAAAGUUACUUGGUACAGAAAUAAUCAUGAGGGAAUGUUUAAAUUAAAAUAACACAAAUGAUAAGUAAGGUUCAUGAAUGAAACAUUUAAAUUACGUAUUUAUGUACAUAAUUUUCUGCUUUGGAUACAAAAAAUAUUGCACGACUUUCUUGAAUGUAAUGUUGUGUGCAUUCUUAAAUUAUGAAUCAAACGGAAGAAUGUGUUUGUCAUAACUUAAAAUGUAUGUCUGACGAAUUUGCUGCGACAUUGAAAUGCGAACAUAGGCUGCCACUUAGGACUUAAUGUGGGGUGACAGUUAUACUGAUUGUUAUGCCAAAAAAAUCAAAUGUGUACACGAAUUUUAUACAUACAACAAGACGCAAACAUCUUUGAAGUGACACUGUGAAUUGCAUCAUGCUAUGUAAGGACUGUAUUUUGCUAAGCGAAAUGCAACACGCUGCAGCCAGGUCAACCGGAAGUUAAGAGCGGCAACUCGAAGUAGGAAGCAAACGGGACGAGAACAUCGGUCCAGUCAAAACGAUAAUGCAUAAUAUGUCAAAAUAUUUAUGAUGUGAUUAACCGCGCUUUUAAUUGUAAUAAAUUUCUGUAAACAGAAGCACUGACGCAGUAUAUUUUGCAUGUUGCCGCCAAGAAUGUGUGUAAAAAACUAACCGAUAACAGCGUUGAUAGCUAUUGUUGUACAAAUAUUAACGUUAAUUUACUUAAGACUUUUUUAUUUUGUACAUAAACAUAUUUUUAGUUUAA